GAGCCAGCCCAGGUAACGCGGUUCCCGGCGCUGGGGCGCUGCUCCGGCGGCCGGUCAUGAACGGGCCGGCGGACGGCGAGGUGGACUACAAAAAGAAAUAUCGCAACCUGAAGCGGAAGCUCAAGUUUCUCAUCUACGUGAGUCCCGGGGUGAAGAGGGGCCCCAGCAGCCCCGGACUCCCAGCCCUCAGUCAGCCAGCCCCUCCCUUCACAGACUCGGAUGCCACUGCAUCUUCUGAUAACAGCGAGACCGAGGGAACCCCCAAGUUGUCAGACACGCCAGCCCCCAAAAGGAAGAGAAGCCCUCCGCUGGGGAGUGCCCCCUCCCCCUCCAGCCUCUCCUUGCCUCCUUCAACAGGGUUUCCCCUGCAGGCCUCUGGGGCCCCCUCCCCUUACCUGAGCUCGCUGGCUUCCCCUCCCUACCCCCCAUUCCCUUCUGACUACCUGGCCCUGCAGCUGCCCGAGCCCAGCCCCCUGAGGCCCAAGCGGGAGAAACGGCCCCGCCUGCCCCGGAAACUCAAGAUGGCGGUGGGACCCCCUGACUGCCCUGUGGGAGGGCCACUGACCUUUCCAGGGCGAGGCGCUGGGGCUGGGGUAGGGGCAGCCCUGGCCCCACUGCCCCCUCCCAAGAUGCCCCCCCCCACGAUCCUGAGCACCGUCCCUCGGCAGAUGUUCAGCGACGCAGGCAGCGGCGACGACGCCCUGGACGGGGACGACGACCUGGUCAUCGACAUCCCAGAGUGACCUUCCUCAGAGACGUUUAUUGACACUGGUUACCAUGCUGCGGCCGCUGACAGGUCAGAAGAGGCGUGAGCAUGCGUGGAAGCCCCCCGGAAGGUAGGCCCUCCACAGGGAGGGCAGGGCCCCUGGCCGAGAGGCCCGGCUCUACCGGGGGGCAAUGACUUCUGUCAGCGAGUGGCCGGGGAACACCUGCCCCUCUUGGGCAGGCAGAGGCCCGGCAGCAGCCCCCACCGGGGCAGCUCCGGGUCUUCACCGAGACGAUUAAAGGAGUGGUUUAUCUGGG